GCUGAGGACGCAGAGGGGAAGGUGGGGGCAAGAAGGAAGGCGAGACACACACACACACGCACGCACACACGCACAGAGACACAGAGCCCACAACGAGAGGAAGGCAGGAAGCAACAUUCGCCGGCAGCCGAUGUGAAGACCGGACUCCGUGCGCCCCUCGCCGCCUCUGCCCGACCACAUCGAUGUGGUGUCCGCCGCCCGUUCGCCCGGAUCACGAUGAACGCGCAGCUGACCAUGGAGGCGAUCGGCGAGCUGCACGCGGUGAGCCAUGAGCCGGUGCCCGCCCCGGCCGACCUGCUGGGCGGCAGCCCCCACGCGCGCAGCUCCGUGGCACACCGCGGCAGCCACCUGCCCCCCGCGCACCCGCGCUCCAUGGGCAUGGCGUCCCUGCUGGACGGCGGCGGCGGCGGCGGCGACUAUCACCACCACCACCGGGCCCCCGAGCACAGCCUGGCCGGCCCCCUGCACCCCACCAUGACCAUGGCCUGCGAGACUCCCCCAGGUAUGAGCAUGCCCACCACCUACACCACCUUAACCCCUCUGCAGCCGCUGCCGCCCAUCUCCACCGUCUCGGACAAGUUCCCCCACCAUCACCACCACCACCACCACCACCACCACCCGCACCACCACCAGCGCCUGGCGGGCAACGUGAGCGGUAGCUUCACGCUCAUGCGGGACGAGCGCGGGCUGGCCUCCAUGAAUAAUCUCUAUACCCCCUACCACAAGGACGUGGCCAGCAUGGGCCAGAGCCUCUCGCCCCUCUCCGGCUCCGGUCUGGGCGGCAUCCACAACUCCCAGCAAGGGCUCCCCCACUACGCCCACCCUGGCGCCGCCAUGCCCGCCGACAAGAUGCUCACCCCCAACGGUUUUGAAGCCCACCACCCGGCCAUGCUUGGCCGCCACGGGGAGCAGCACCUCACGCCCACCUCGGCCGGCAUGGUGCCCAUCAACGGCCUUCCUCCGCACCACCCCCACGCCCACCUGAACGCCCAGGGCCACGGACAGCUCCUGGGCACGGCCCGGGAGCCCAACCCUUCGGUGACCGGCGCGCAGGUCAGCAAUGGAAGUAAUUCAGGGCAGAUGGAAGAGAUCAAUACCAAAGAGGUGGCGCAGCGCAUCACCACCGAGCUCAAGCGCUACAGCAUCCCGCAGGCCAUCUUCGCGCAGAGGGUGCUCUGCCGCUCCCAGGGGACCCUCUCGGACUUGCUGCGCAACCCCAAACCCUGGAGCAAACUCAAGUCCGGUCGGGAGACCUUCCGGAGGAUGUGGAAGUGGCUGCAGGAGCCGGAGUUCCAGCGCAUGUCCGCGCUCCGCUUAGCAGCCUGCAAAAGGAAAGAGCAAGAACAUGGGAAAGAUAGAGGCAACACACCCAAAAAGCCCAGGUUGGUCUUCACAGAUGUCCAGCGUCGAACUCUCCAUGCAAUAUUCAAGGAAAAUAAGCGUCCAUCCAAAGAAUUGCAAAUCACCAUUUCCCAGCAGCUGGGGUUGGAGCUGAGCACUGUCAGCAACUUCUUCAUGAACGCAAGGAGGAGGAGUCUGGACAAGUGGCAGGACGAGGGCAGCUCCAAUUCAGGCAACUCAUCUUCUUCAUCAAGCACUUGUACCAAAGCAUGAAGGAAGAACCACAAACUAAAACCUCGGUGGAAAAGCUUUAAAUACAAAAAGAAAUUUAAAAAAAAAAAAAAAAAACAACAAACAACAAACAACAAACCCGGACCUCAAGAUAGCAGGUUUAUACUUAGAAAUAUUUGAAGAAGAAGAAAAAAAGUGUUAUUUAUAGUCCAAAGAAACCAAAGACUUAGCUCACCUGCAUUCUGACUCUGUUCGGAGACACACACUUCGGCGGGGCGACAAGUUGGCAACAGGAAUUCCGAGCGGGAAAACCCUGCGUCUCACACCUUCCGUCCGCGAACGUUCUCGCAGUGCUUGGCUGUUGCGUGGUUAGCAGCAUAGUGAUCUUGAGCCAUUGAGUGGACAUCUUCUAAGAUCUGACUUUUCUCAUCUGUCCCACUGCACCGGGAAGGUGUAUGGUGUCUCAAUACUGUGCGUGAGUACACGCACGUACACACGCACACACACACCACCACCACCACCACCACCACCACCACCACCACCAGUGGUUAGGGACUUAGGCAGGGCUGGUCUUCAGGAAGGGUUGUGCUCAGAAGUGCAACUAGCAUGGUGUGAAGAGUUCAUUGGAUUAAGAGUGUGAUUUCGCCUGUCUAGCCUAGCAAAUGUUUGAACCUGCCGGGCCACAACCUAAAUGCAGAUUCAAACCCAGCAAAGCAAAUUUGAAUGACACCUAAACCAGUGCAUUCUCUUUGUUUGUUAAGGAAUGUUCAGAUAUUUUUUAAGAGAUGAAGCAAGAGUCCAUCCAUUAAAAAAAAUAAAUAAAUAAAUCACCUAGGUACCAAAGAACACACUUAAUAUUAUAGUGCAGGUAUUUUAUUGCAAUGAUUUUAAUAACCAAAGCUAUUUUUACACAAGAUGCUAUGUAAAGUUAUACUAUACAUAUGAACUGAUCUAGCUGUAAUACACAUGCCACAUAGAAUCAUGACUAUUAUUUAUGACUCUUGAAGCAUUUGAAAUAUGAGUUUUCAGAACUGGCAAGAAAGAAUGUAGCUUCAGGGAAGCAAUUAAUAUCAUGGCAAAGAGGUUGGUGUAGUGACUAUGUGCAUCCAGAUGGCACAUUCCUUUCCAGGACCCAUAAAUGUCACUUAAGCAGAGAGAGAGCCAGGAUCCCACAGUCUGUUCAUACAGCUAAGCAAAUCUGCAGAUCCUUCUAAGGUAGGAGCUCAUCCAUGCCACAGAAAAUUAAGUUUCAAAUACAGCAAGUAACUAAAUGAGAAAAUUUGUGCAAAGUAAUGCUUUGUAUUUAAACACUAUCAAAGAAAGAAGUCUAUACCUGGGUUAAUUUGACUUAAAUUUGCUUUGUGCAUUUAGUACCAAAUGCCUUCAUAAAAAAAUGUUUUACAUACACAAAUAAGGUGAAUAGACCAUUAUUAUGAAAAUGAAUGAUUCAGUAUUUGUAACCACCCUAAAAAGUAAUCAGACUGAUUAUACUGCCAAUCCUAGACAUUUUAUGACUUGGACAUCAACGAAAGAGUAGGUGCACCUGAGCCAUGGUGGCAUUGAUGGAACUGCAUAGAAAAAGCCAGAGUUCUAGUAGAAGACAAGACUUUUGGUUCUGCAAGUGUGAAGCUGUUUAUUUCACCAAGCAUAACCUCCAAAGCAUACUACAUUCUUUCUUGCUAACACAUAAAGCUGGAAAUUUUAUAACAUAGAUUCCUCUCUCUAACAGGGACAAAUAAAAACUAGACCUGAGCUUGCAAAUACAAAAUUUUGAAUUUCUAUUUUUCCUAAUCACUUAAGCGGGACUGUAGAAAUCAAGGCAAAAAAAUCCAAAAAGAUAACAAAAUUGUACUAAUGGUACCCCAAGGAAUCUCUUGAUUCCCCAAAACGUUCUCUAUGAUUUCAACUGGAUUAUGACUUACAUGUGGAUACCUGUUGUACUUUUUGUUAAUGCAUUGGAUACUCUGUUAAUUGCCGUACCUAACUAGAAACAGGAAGUCAAAUAUUAUCCUAGCAAUAAGUUGGUUAUUGAGAUUCAUUAAAAUGCCAAAGGAAAAAAUUAAAUCAUCUUAAUACAAGAUGUAGCUCCUUAAGAUCUAAUCUCACCAUCUUGUCAGGUCUGAAAUAGGUAAGAGCCUAAAGAGAUGAAGCUAAACCAGCAAGCCAUGUCUGUGUCUCCUUCAGGUCUGUGAGGAAAGGAAGCCAACACUGAAUUCUCCACUGAUGAAAUACUACAUUUGCCUCGACAUAUUUUGUCUUAGUAUGUUUUUACUCCACCAAAAAUUCCAGCUUACAAGUUUCCCUUCUAAGUAUGGCACAAGUAUAGUUCAACUCUUAAAAGAGACCAUUUAACUGACCACGCUUCAUGAGAUUUGCUAAAAAUCUUGUCAAUAACAUAAAUAAAAAGGAAAAAGACUCAUUAAUUUUUUUUCUCUCCAGAAAUGGAGGGAAUUGGGGGUACAGCUAUAUAAUGAAUUUAUAAUUUAGGAGGGAGGAAAGCCUUAGGUAUUUAAAAUGUGAGAAUUUAAAAUGCAGGGAAUUCAAGCUGUAUCUACACACAAUCUUAACAAAUUCAGUACUCCAGAAAAACAAAAGUUGAAUUCAAACAAUCAUAUUUUUUGCUUUGUUUUUAUUAUACUACCCCCCAAAUUAUUCCAACUACAUUUUACAUUUUCAAUCUAGUUUGAUACUGUGUGGGCACGGUCUCAAAAAAUACUGCUACAUUUCUGAUAUCCCAUCUGACUGAUUUUAUCAAAAAAGAACCAGUUAUCCUAUUUGCUAACACCAAAGAUGAUUUUCAUACCAGCAUUGAAUUUGCACCCAUUAUGCAAUUUCAGGGCCUAGAGAUAUAUUUUCUCAUAAACAGAUGCACAAAGCAGAGCCUGAAAAGCAAUUUUUUUAACUUGACUCUUUAAGCAUACUCACAACCUUUGCUUUUUGGAACUCAUAAUAGAUAAACGCCGCUUCUCACAAGCAAUACACCUGUCACACCAGGUACAACACACUCUCCCUGACUUCAGAGAUGGCACGUAGGAAAAUGCACUUCCACUCCUCCUAACGCUGCGUGGAUCAGUGGCUCCUGUUCCUGAACCUACCACACAGAGCAGACCUCAGGCCACCGAUUCACCUUCCAUUUCUCAAUCCUCCGGCAAAAUUCCCCUAAAAAAGCCAUCUCACUCUUUUAUUGGUAUGUUCUGUUUAUUCCCAAACUGCGCUUCAAAUAACACACACACACACUCACACACAAGCUUGUCUGUUUGGGGCCAUGAACCAUUCAAGCCCGCUCAGGGUUGUCAGCUUUGCCACCAGAGGGCUCAGAACUGUUGUGGAGCUUGCACAGCCGCAGAGCCCAGCCUCUAGGCAGCGUUCACAAGCUUUGGCUGUCAGGGACUGAGCAUCCAUCCCAGUCCCUGGAUGCAGUUGCAAGAGGUCCCCAAAACCAAAGAAAAUGUGGGGGGAAAUCCGGAAGUUCUAACUGAACUUGUCACUCAUCAUGCUCUCCCUUCCCCUCCCUCCAAAACAAAGCAUAAUUUUCCAGGCAAAUAUGAAAGCACUAUGCUACUUUUGGACGCAUUCCACUCCCAUCUCUCCCACAGGAAAAAGACCCGUCUUGGCAGGUUAAAUGCAAACUUUGCUAUACCAAAGAGUCCUCCGGACAUUGUCACAUGAGCUAUACAAAGGCAUUUUCCCUAAGAAAGGGCCUCCCUUCUUUGUACAGAAAGGAUGAAAACUAUGCAUUUAGCAAACAAAGAGAAAGCACUUCUCCCUUUUCUAUCUAGCUGUUUAGGGUGCAUUCAAACCCCAGAGGCUGUUUUGAGAUGUGUUUGCCUUCUGGGUGAUUACUGUGGUGUGGUUAGCUUUCCAGUACAUUUGGAAACUAUUUCUGAAAUAGUAAGGACAAAGAAGCAGAAGGUAAGAAAUAGCUACUUCCACGUGUAAAAAAAAAAAGAAAAAAAGAAAAAAAAAAAAAAGAAGUGUAAAGAUCUACUAUUUAUAGUGUGAACCAAAGACGCUACCUCACUCGAUUUCCAUUGGUGAUUUUAAUCACAUUGAUGAUACCAAAGAAUACCAAAGACAUUUUCGUGCACGGCCACGGUCUGCAGAGGGAACCCCGCCCCUUCCUUGCCCCCACCUCCUCUCCCCUCCUCACUCUUCACUCAGUGUGUAAACUUGUCUUCAUUCUUAAUAACGAUACGAUAAUGAUAACAACAUCCUUAGGAAAUACUACUCUGACUACUGCUAGUUCUUCUUGUGAAUCUCUAGGCGAACAUGUUGCGAACUUCGUAAACUCCUAGGACGAGUGCCUUGCUUGAACCAAAGUGUUAAACCGCUGUUAACCUCUCUCACCUUAUACUCUUUGAAUACCUCAGCCUCUUAGAAAGGCCACUAAUGAAAAAAAAAAAAAAAAAGGAAUAAUUAUUCACCGUGGUGCUUUUCCCGUGCAACCAUGCAAUGAAACUUUCUUUGAUACCAAAGGAUGACUUUUUUCCCCCAAUUUCUUGCUGAUAAACCAAAGCUCCUCCUCCUUGUUCCCUCUCGAGUCCCUCCCACCCCUUCACUGGGUCCCUUGGCCAGGCAAGCCGUGCACCUUUUACCAAUUCCUCCAAAUACCUCAUAGUAAUAAAGUUUUAGGGUUAUGUUGUAUAGAGAGUCUAUGUGAUAAGGCAGAACUUACUAGUUUGAUAAUUGUUAAGGUUACUUUUAAAAAAAAACUUUAUAAUUCUUAUUUAUUUUGUAGUUUGUAUGUCUGGGAUGGUCCCCACUCCCUUCCCUCCUUGGUUUGGGGUUUAUUUUCUUGGCGGAACUGCUCUGUUGCUCAAGGAAGACUUAAUUUCUGGAAAUGUUCCCCAGAUGGGUUAAGGGUUGUUGUAAAAAAAAAAUGCAAGAAUGGAAUAAGAAAUGAUUUUCAUUUUAACGAUUACUUAUGAAGUUUUUGUGUUUCGUAGAAAAAUUUGUUUCCACAGGGUAAAAAAAAAAAAUAUAUAUAUAUAUAUAUAAUCUCUUUUUUGUGAAACUGGUUCCUAUUUUUCUCUAUAAUGUGCUGUGAUUUUUAAUUUAAUUGCAUUUUAUAUGAGCUUAUUUAAUCACUGUUUUAAUUUAUGACCGUGUAGUUUUUAAAGUGUAUAUAGUAGAAUUGAAAUGGUCAAAGCUUUAUGUUACAAUCUUUUGGUUCUUGAUGCUAAGAUAAGCUGAAGGCAAGAGUUCUCUUAACCGCAGGGUGUAUAUCCUUAGCUUUUUCUUAGCCGGCACUUCAAUGUGUGCUGUGAACACUGCCAGGUCCCCCUCAGAGCUUGUACAUGCCAAAAUGAGUGUUUCAAGGUAGUCCUUUUUGUCUUUUAGAAAGAAGGCAGGCAGGCAUUAUUCAUGUUCUUCCUUUAAUUUAUUAAUUUUUUAAGAAAAGAUUACUUUGCAGGUAAGACCUGAUAUUCCAAAGAAUUUAAUAAGACCUUUUUAAUGGUUCAAAGCACCGGCAUUGGUGAGAUACUUUGCUUUUUGUUUGUUUUUUGUUUUUUACCAUUCACACGGGUAUGAGAAGUCAAGAGCAGUAGAAACUGAAAAAGACAAGCUAACUUGAAUUUGGAAAUCCUCUUCCCAAGUUUCUCAAUUGCUUCAAAGUGGGGGGCAGGGCCUGAAGACAAACAAUUAGGCAAAGCUGGUGCAAUGGCUUUCUGUGCUUAAGAGAAAGUCAAGGGUGGCCGGGCCGUGGACUCGACGCCUGCUCACCUGGCCAGCCCACAGAAGAAGCAAAACUCGAUUGCUUGGGUUCAGUUAUCAAUCAAAUAUAAGGAAAACUGUUCCAAAGUCAUGUAUUCUCCUCCCAUCUAUUUAUUAGAAUCUGGUACCCACAGUUGACAGUUCCCUUCCCCUCCUGACACACCCCCACCAGAAGGGGAAGAAUUACCCUCAAGUGUGAGGGUCUCCAGCAUGAAUGUACCCCAGACCUAUCUCUGGGUCCCAUCCCUCUCCUCAUCUUUUGUUUCCCACACUAGAGAUGCCCCUGCCCAGGCCCCCUGCUUGAGGCUGUACAGGCACUUAGCUCCACUGCAGAUGGUUAGCACACACUCGAAACUCUAUAGACUGUGGCAUCCUCACACGAGCCAGGGCCACUAUUUUGAUUUCUUUUGCUGAAAUGAAUUGUUUCAACUACAUGUCAGAAAUUCAUCAAUGUAAAUAUUUUCCCUCUCAAUACAAGAAUUUUACCUGGUUUUCCUUUUGCAGGGGUGUGUGGGGUGGGGAAGCAUUAGAGGGGCUUAGAUUUUGGGUCAAAUGUUACAUUUUCUUAGGAACAUUUUUAUACUCAUUAUGUACUUCAGUAGGGCGAUAAACAUGCUCUGAGCUGCAGGAUUCUUCAGUGCUCUGUUGGUAGGCAUUGAUGACUUUUUUUCAUGCAAAUGCUGGGCAGUGAAUUACAGAAAACCCAGGAAAAUCGUUAAGGAGGGGUGCUUUCACCAUCAGCAGAGUUGCAUUCACAAGGUCACCUUUUCUGUUUCUGUUGAUUUUUUGUGGUAUGUUCUGCAUUAUUACAUGAUCAUUGUAGGCUCAUUUUAGAUCUGCUGUCUUGACCAAAUGCUCAGUCUUUUUUAAAAAAAAUAAACUUUAAAACAUUA